AUGAACUUUAUAAAGAAAGAAGAACAAGGGAAAUUUGUCGAUGAGGAGGGGACAAAACUCUUUUAUAUAAAUUCAAAUAAGGCAAAAGAGUACGAGUCACAUAUGGACGUUUUGCAUGCAAUAGUUGAGGAUUAUGAUAGACUUAAAGUGUAUGUUAUAAACAAGGAGGAUUGUAGUGGUAAUGUUAGCGGAAGUGAUAAUAAGUUCCAGUUCGAGUUGUAUGAACAUAAGGAGUUGUUAAAAAGCUUUGUAAAUUGUAAUAUAGGUACAGUUACUUCCUUUUUAAGAAAGUAUAUUGGUUCACGCAAUGCUAAUGGUCAGAUAAAAAAUAAUAAUGAUGCUGAAGAAGAAAGUAUUGAAGCCAAUACUGUUAAAAAAAUUGAGUAUUUAUUAAAAAGUAAUAAAAUUAUACUUUUUAUGAAAGGAAGUAAAAGUUUUCCACAAUGCAAAUUUAGUAACGCUGUUGUUUUUAUUUUAAAUAGUUUAAAAAUAAAAUACAAUACAUAUGACAUUUUACAAGAUGAACAUAUUAGGAAUCAGCUAAAAAUUUAUUCUAAUUGGCCUACUUAUCCGCAGCUAUACAUUAAUAGUGAACUAAUAGGCGGUCAUGAUAUUAUAAAGAGCAUGUAUGACAGCAACGAAUUAAAGGGGAUAAUACCGCAGGAUUGUUUGGAGGAGUGA